UGAGGCAGACCCUGUACCCUGGAGCGCACGGCCUGCGGACCUUCUCCUCAGUCGCCAGGCCCGCGGCUCCAAGAGUCGGCCCGCACUUCCAUCAUUGAAAGAGGAAUUCCUCCUAGAAACUCAAGCAAUCAAACCCCACGUGCCCCAAGUUCACUGCAGGACCAUGAACUGUGCCCAGUCAGAGCUCAGGUACGGCAUCCAGAAGUGACAGGCCGAUGAGAAGAAAGGCACUACCUCCUAGGACAGAGAAGAUGGAUACUGACCAGGACUGGCCCAGUGUUUACCCCACGGCUGCACCAUUUAAACCCUCAGCUGUUCCUCUGCCUGUUCGGAUGGGAUAUCCAGUGAAGAAGGGCGUGCCCAUGGCGAAGGAGGGGAAUCUAGAGCUGUUAAAGAUCCCAAAUUUUCUGCAUUUGACUCCUGUGGCAAUUAAAAGGCACUGUGGAGCUCUGAAAGAUUUCUGCACUGAGUGGCCAGUCGCACUCGACAGUGAUGAGAAAUGUGAGGAGCACUUUCCAGUUGAGAUUGAAACAACCGAUUAUGUGUCGUCGGGACCAUCUAUUCGGAACCCCAGAGCACGAGCAGUAACGUUAAGGGUUAAACUUUCCAGUUUGAAUUUAGACAAUCACGCAAGGAAAAAACUUAUUAAACUUGUAGGAGAGCGGUACUGCAAGACCACUGAUGUGCUCACGAUCACAACAGACAGAUGCCCUUUGAGACGGCAGAACCAUGACUAUGCAGUGUAUCUUCUCACAGUCCUGUACCACGAAUCUUGGAAAACUGAAGAAUGGGAAAAAAAUAAGACUGAGGAAGACAUGGAUGAGUAUGUGUGGGCAAAGAGCUCCUCGGAGAGCAGUGUCCUCCAGACCCUGCUGCGCAUGAGGGCCGCCGAGAGCAGUGUGGCGCCGAGCAGGGAAGAGCUGCUGGGGACCAGGGCGGUCGAGGAGUACCAGAAGUGUGUUGUUCGUCUCAAGAACGAGGGGGAGAGCGAGGCAAGCCUCGCUCAGUACAAGGAGUCGGUGAAGAGACUGUUAAAUUUGGCGUGAAGUCCAAGCUAGCAGGCAGCUGUAUCAAUUGUAUGAUGUAUUUAUCACUGAUUUGAUAUAAAUUGGAGAAUACUUACUA